CUGAGAAACAAAAGCCAAGGAAUGUUUUUUCCUCCAGUAUCUGUUACAAUGGAACGUGAACAUAUAAAAACAUCUUGUCACUUACACCAGAGAAGCCGAAGCAGCAUCAACACCAAGAACCAGCCACACUAACGUAGUUGAGGAAACAGUUCAAUGAUGAGUGCUGAUCAGACGCAAACAACACUGAGGUCCAAACUGGAGGCCCUGGAGUGUCACUUCACUUGGGCUCUGGAUCUCAGCAAGAUCUUUGUUUUACGUCUCCACGACAAGCUGGUGGACAUCGGCACGGAGGAGGGAAACAGCUGGCUUGGUCACAUCUACAACCUGAGGGGGUUCAUUCAGUGCAAGCUGGACUCCACCGAAGACGCCCUGAGUUUGUUCCUCCAGGCUGCAGAGGCCUUCCGCCAGAUGAGAGGGGCAGAUGAAGGUCCCUGGUUGGUGGUGAAUUACGGGAACCUGGCUUGGCUGCACCACCUCCUGGGAGACCAAGCAGAGAGCGAGGCUUACCUUUCAAAGGUUGACGUCCUGAAGAAGAAAUACCCAAUUCCAUCAGAGGACGAGCUCCAUGCAGAGCUCUACGCUGAAAAAGCCUGGACCCUGAUGAUGCUCGACAUAGAACGAAAGCUGGUGUCAGAUUACUUCCAGAAAGCCGUCAGGAUGCAGCCUGACAUGGUGGAGUGGAACACCAGUCACGUCAUCGGGUUAGCGAAUGCUUUUAUACGAGGCAGCACAGAUAUGGAGGCCGACAUGGAGGCCGACAUCUUGGAUAAAAUGAGAGACGCCAAGGAACAGGAUCCAGAGAAUUUGUACCUUGCUGCUUACUACCUGCAGCUACGUGCAAUGAAAGGGCAAGACGUUAAAGACGAAGCACAUGAGUUAGUCGAAAGUGUUUCAAUGAACCCUUUCAGCAGCUACAGUGGUAUGAGAGCAAUACUUCACGUUUACAGAACCUGUAAAUUAAUUGAUGAGGCCAUUGAUUUGGCAGCAAAGGCUGUGGAAAACAAUCCAGAAGAACGUUAUCUGAAGAAAUUUGCUGCACUAACUCUCAAAUGGAAGAUCAUUUAUUUCAGCAAGUGUGGCGUAGAUGAGAGCAUGAUCGACAGAGCAGUCAGUCUCCACAAGGAGGUGAUUUCUCUUUACCCUGAUUCUUCAAUUGUGGAGGAAAUAGACCUCGCAAACAUAUAUGCAAAGUCCAAUCACAGGCAGAAUGAAGCUAAAUGUUUGUUCCAAGAACUGCCCGAAAGGAAGCUGGAACUUGCAGAGAAACAGGUGCUUUACAACCACUAUGCUCAAUAUCUCUUCCACGAUCUAAAUGAUAGCAACCAGUCAAUAGAUUAUCACAUGAAGGCAGCAGCAAUACCGAUAAAAUCCUACUGUCGUGAGAACAGCAUCAGAGCUCUUGAGAAGAUUAAAAACAAAGGCGGGAACCGAAAGUGUAGAGAAAUAAAGGAGUUUCUGAAAAACCUAUAAGAGCCAUAGUGGGUUAUUUUUAUACUGGUCCUAUAUCUGGAGAAGUUAAAAGUAUUGCAUUACCUAAAAAAAAUACUUAAAAAAAAGAAAUUAAUCUAUCCUUUAAAAAGCUUUUCUGCUAGUGUUUACACUUUGGUAGUUUAUUGGAAGCAGUACACUCAAUGUGUGUGACAAGCUGCAUAAUUCAAUAACGGUGGUCUUUCAAAUAAAUGUCUAAAUGUUUUUGCCAUUAUAUGAUAUCACAUGGUUUAUUACAAUAUAUAUUAAUCAGAUGUAAUGUCUAUUAUAUUCCUGUUUUUUUUCUCCUCUCAGCUCUCUAUUUUAAGGUUUUUGUAAGAAUAUUACUACCACCACUAUUAGCUGAAUAGGAAAGCUGCUUUGCUGUCUGCCUUUGACUUCUAC